AUGCCUAUAGCGUGCACUGGAGUACAAUCCAGUAGAACGUCAAGUCGCCGUUCUCCUAUUCUCAUAUUCCGCUGUCGCCAACUAUGGGAUAUCGGUGGUCAACCUCGAUUCCGAUCGAUGUGGGAGCGGUACUGUCGUGGAGUAAACGCAAUUGUGUUUAUGGUUGACGCUGCGGACGAGGACAAGUUGGAGUCAUUUCGUGCAAAAAUCAACUCGCCCCUGCCUCCCGACCCUAGCUUUUCUAUGGCUUAUCACGUGAAGAGUGUUUGA